GCACAGUUGCUAAGUACUCAUGUGCAUUUCUCCUCCACUAUAAAUUUACUAAAACUUUAGACAUAUCUCCUCAUGAACCAACACUUUGAAAAGACUAAUAUCAACAUGAUGCCCCUUUUGUUUUCAUCUUCAUCUCAUCUUUCCUUCUUCUUAUUUUACGUCAUAAUCAUGAUUUACUUUCCCAAACAUCCUUGUAUUGCUCGCAAGUCUCUAGCUAUCAAGGCUGUAGAGGAGCUUUAUUUUAGCACUGAUUCAUCUCGUGUAGAAAACGGUUCAAAAGGAAUCGCGAACCUUCAACAGGCCAACAAAUCAGUAGAAGACUUUCACAAGGAAAAGAAUGAUAAUAAAGGCACGUUUUCAGGUAGUGAAAUUAUUGGGUCUGAAUCUUCUCUAUCAUCUUUGCCCCACGCCCGUUUGCUCAAGGCAGCAAAAAUAAAGGACCGACAAAAUGUGUGGUGCGAGGAAUUCUUGACCUACUUAUAAGCAAAAUAAUCUGCAACUACUACUACGUCUCUCUGAUGCAAUGUUGUUCUAGAGCUUGUGUUUGUUUAAGCGAGCUCGGUAUAAUGUCUAUAGAUUAUAAAUUCUAUAUAUGCUCCGAUGAUAUAACAGAAGAUUUGCAUAAUCAUAUCACUUGAAAGAUAUAUUGAUAAUUUGGAAACAGACGGCAACUUAAUUACCUACUACUCCCUCCGUCCCAAAAAGAUUGUUUUACUUUCCUUAUUAGUUUGGCUCAAAAAGAUUGAUACAUUUAUAUAUUUAGAAACAAUUUAACUUUAUGAGAUGAUUUACAACCACACAAAUAUCUACGGCUUGUUUUGAACCAUACAUUUCAAAAGUCUUCCUUUAUUUCUUAAACUCUGUGUCAAGUUAAACUAAGACAUUCUUUUUGAGACGGAGGGAGUACAACAUAUUAAAACAUUAACAGUGUCAAAAGUUCUAUGCUACCGUAACUAUAUAUACCGUAACUAUAUAUGACUUAAGUCCCUUGUUUAUAUGAUCUUGAGUAGUAGCUUUCAUGAUGUUUAGUGAAUUGCUUCUUCAAUUACUUGGAGUAACCGUAGAUUGACUUUUGAUCUGAUGAGAUCUGAUGAUUAUUAAGUUGCAGUAAUGAAUGCAUCCUCAGCUGAAAAAAAUAUGAAGAUGAAAUCACUUCAAGUGUGUAUUGGAUUGUUGUUAGAUCAAUGAUGUUGAAUGCGAAAACUAUUGAGUUGACGUGACUUGUUAUUCAACUGUGUAAUA